AUGGCUGCAGUAGGAGUCGAGAUCAAGCACCCGGAGGCCGUGCCGGAGGAGGCCUGCUCCGCCAAGGUCACCAAGCAAGGCGAGGGGCUCAGGCAGUACUAUCUCCAGCACAUUCACGAGCUUCAGCUCCAGGUCCGCCAGAAGACCCACAACCUCAAUCGUCUCGAAGCUCAGCGUAACGAGCUCAAUUCCCGAGUGAGAAUGCUCAGGGAAGAACUACAGCUGCUUCAGGAGCCUGGAUCAUAUGUUGGGGAAGUUGUUAAAGUGAUGGGGAAGAACAAGGUUUUGGUUAAGGUACAUCCAGAAGGGAAAUAUGUCGUUGAUAUUGAUAAAAACAUUGAUGUCACAAAGAUCACGCCAUCAACAAGAGUUGCUCUCCGCAAUGACAGCUAUGUUCUUCAUUUGAUCUUGCCCAGCAAAGUAGAUCCUUUGGUUAACCUUAUGAAAGUUGAAAAAGUUCCGGAUUCUACAUAUGAUAUGAUUGGUGGUCUUGAUCAGCAAAUCAAAGAAAUAAAGGAGGUCAUUGAACUUCCAAUUAAACAUCCUGAAUUGUUUGAGAGUCUUGGUAUAGCUCAGCCAAAGGGCGUGCUGCUUUAUGGGCCACCUGGUACUGGGAAAACAUUGUUGGCUAGGGCUGUGGCCCAUCACACUGACUGCACAUUCAUCAGGGUUUCUGGUUCGGAGUUAGUUCAGAAAUAUAUUGGGGAAGGCUCUAGAAUGGUUAGAGAACUUUUCGUCAUGGCCAGGGAACACGCUCCAUCUAUCAUUUUUAUGGAUGAAAUCGACAGUAUUGGAUCUGCUCGUAUGGAAUCUGGUAGUGGCAAUGGUGACAGUGAGGUGCAGCGGACUAUGCUGGAACUUCUCAACCAGUUGGAUGGAUUUGAGGCAUCAAACAAGAUCAAGGUUUUAAUGGCCACAAAUCGUAUCGAUAUUCUGGAUCAAGCCCUCCUUAGGCCUGGACGAAUUGACAGGAAGAUUGAAUUCCCAAAUCCUAAUGAAGAGUCUCGUUGGGAUAUCUUGAAAAUCCAUUCAAGAAGAAUGAAUUUAAUGCGUGGAAUUGACUUGAAGAAGAUUGCAGAGAAGAUGAAUGGUGCAUCUGGUGCAGAACUGAAGGCUGUUUGCACAGAAGCGGGGAUGUUUGCUUUGAGGGAGAGAAGAGUUCAUGUGACACAAGAAGAUUUUGAGAUGGCAGUUGCCAAGGUAAUGAAGAAGGAGACCGAGAAGAACAUGUCAUUGCGCAAGUUGUGGAAGUAA